CUACUGGUAAGUUACCCAGACACAAAGCUAUUACAUAACGAACUCUAAGUCAAAACCCGAUAUUGUACGACUUUAUCUGCCCGUAGUCAUGUGGUUAUACUUAAUACGGAAUUAUAUAUAUUGGUAUUUGAGGAAAGUGAUCAAAUGGUUCUUGCGCCAGACCACUAAGCUCUGUGAACUCCAACGCAUAUGUUAUGCGCAGCCGGUGGGUGCUCGUAGAACCUUGAAUGUAGAACGAUCUUUGCGCGAUUCCAAUAGGCCGCAAAUACGCGGUCUGCUUACUGUGUUAGACGCUCGUGCGUCAGACCGAAGUUUCUACCUGGGACGAUCCAUUCAGAUACCAAACGCCGUGUCGACAAUCACACGUGUAAAGCGUAUUGACCCGUGUGAGUAUGAACGAUUUAACAACGCUCUUGGACAAUGUGUGAACAAUAUAUGGUCAUAUAUGCAACUAGUUGAAGAGAUUAAGACGAGUGCAGCCAUUCCAUAUGAUUGUACUAACGAUGUGCAUGAAAAAUCGUUGUUACUUUUAUGGGAUGAAUUGAUGCCAAAUGAUCGUCUAGAAAAUAGAGUAACCAAACAGUGGCAGGACAUUGGAUUUCAAGGAGAUGACCCAAAAACUGAUUUUCGAGGAAUGGGAACUUUAGGGCUGGAUAAUUUGGUAUAUUUUGCAUCAAAAUAUACUCAUUUGGCUAGAUGUGCUUUAUCACAUUCAAUGCAUCCAAUCCAUGGAUAUGCUUUUGCAAUUGUUGGAAUAAAUCUAACGAGUAUGGCAUUAGGACUGGUCGUUGAUGGUUCAGCCAAGACUCAUUUUUAUAAUAAGCGUAAUGCACCUGAAUAUGAAGAUUUCAACGAGUUCUAUUGUUAUUUAUUUUGGAAGUUUGACAAAUUUUGGUUGGACGCAAAACCAAAGGAUCUCAUGGAGUUUGCAAUUCAUCGUAAGCAAUUUGAAACGAUUAUUAGACAAGAGCUGGAAAAAAGUGAUACUGUUUUUCUUAUUGAUGUUCCUAAUGAUAAUACAACUGAUGUGUUAAAUAGGUGAAAUUAUAUUUUGUAAGUCUAUUAAGUAUACAAUUAACUAGACUGCUACUUUAAUUAUAUAUUAUACCUAUCA